AUGGCGGAUUACCGCUUGGACUUUAUCGGCUGGUCAAACCUACGGAUCAGAGCUUCAGCUACAAUCAUAGAAACUCCAGGCUUCCACGUCUGGGAAGUUAUUUGGGAGCUAGAUAAAUCAGACAUUGAUCACUUGGAUCAUCAAGAGGCUGGUGACAAUGCCUUUAAAGUCGAUGUCGUUACUCACAGUGGUGCCAAGUAUAAUUGUCGAGUUUAUCAGCAGAUCAAGGUUCCUAAUGCUUAUGCUAAGCUCAGGGAACUUCGUAAUCCCAUGAUACCCUCUCAGACUUACUUGAAAAUUAUUAUAAAGGAAGCAUUAGAUCGUGUACUGCCGAUAGAAUAUAUUUAUAUGCCCCGAAAAAUAAGAUAUAGUGGAUUUAUGGAUUCUUACCGCGAUAUUGGGUACAUAUGUUUGUAG